AGUACAACAGGUGGCAUGCUUUCUUUUUAUUUUGCAGUUUCUACCACAGUUCUGACCGGUAAACCUCCUGACCGGAAGGUGGCGCUGUUUGAGUUUAGCGCCGCGUUUUCAACUUACCGCAGAACAGCUGCUGAAGCUUCCAUUGAAAGCCGGAAGUUGUGGAGGUUUUUGUAUGUAGUGGGUGCUGCUGACUGGAAGCUGGAUGAACCUGCAUGGAGUGGGAGGAUGAAAAUCACUGCCAAAGGCAAGAUGGCCUUCAUCAAGUUGGAGGACAAAAACACAGGAGAGCUGUUUGCACAAGCUCCAGUUGAACAGUAUCCAGGUUGUGUGGUUGAAGCAGUCACAGACUCCAGCAGGUACUUCGUCAUCCGGAUAGAAGACGGCAACGGACGCCACGCUUUUAUCGGUUUGGGUUUUGCAGACCGUGGCGACUCAUUUGACUUUAACGUUGCCUUACAAGAUCAUUUUAAGUGGGUGAAACAGGAAGGGGAGCUGGCGAAACUGGAAGCCUCUCAGAGCGCAGCACCUAAACUGGACCUGAGCUUCAAGGAGGGACAGACCAUCAAGAUCAGCCUCGGGAACAUUAAGAAGAAGGAGGCAGGUGGUGCCAAACCUCGACCCACGUCCGGUGGUCUGCUCCCUCCUCCCCCAGGAGCCAAGCCUGGAGGAGUUGUCCUGCCCCCUCCUGGAGGACAGCAGCCGGUCUCAGCUGCACAGAUUAACACUGCUCCUCUUCUAGACUUCGGCUCCCCGGUUCCGGUGGCCCAGCCUAGCUCAGACCUGUGGGGAGACUUCACGUCUGCAGGCUCCAACUCCAACAAAGACGCUGUCCAGUCAGGAUGGGUUCAGUUCAGCUGAGUUCAAGAAAACAAACGUUCUCAGGUUCCAAACAUUCCCUGGACACCACGAUUGUGACAAAAACAAACAGAAAGAGGAGUUCACAGCUGCUUUUACGUCACAAACCAGAUCAGCCUGCUGACCAACACUCUGGAGGAUCAAACAUGAAUAUUUUUACUGCUCUUCUUUUUCUGUUAUGCAGUAGGAUUCAUUUUUUUACAGAUUUUCUUUCUUUUUUUAAAAAACAAAACAAGGGAAAAUUUGUCUCAUUACACUAAUUAGAAUAUUUCUCCACCUUAAAUCAAUUAUACCUUGUUUUGCUUCUUUAGAUUAGUCCUUCCACUGUUUUUCUUUGAUUUUUUUUACAAGAAAAUCAUAUUCUCUGUCCUACAAAGAUCUCUACAUCUAAUGUUGCUCAUCUCAAGCUUUUGUUUGUGGGAAAUUGUCAUGUAGCUGUAUAACAGCAUCAUUGUUGGUUGAUUUUUAGCUAGUCUUUUUGUUGUUUUUUUAGACCCUUAAAAGCUUUAUCAUCUUAUAAGUUUUACA